AUGGAUUCCACUCCAGACCAAUCAAAAGUAGAUCAGAUGGCACUUGUGAUUCGGUACUGCACAUCGUCAAGUGUUCAUGAAAGAUUAGUUCAAUUAAGUCCUAUCAAAAGUCAUACAGGUGAAUCAAUAUUUGUUCUUUUAGAAGAAUUUCUUGAAAAAGCUGAACUUAAUAUAGUAAAUUGUCGCGGGCAGUCGUACGAUAAUGCCUCCAACAUGAGUGGGAAAUAUAAAGGAUUACAAGCUCAUGUAAAAAAUAAAUGUGAUUUGGCUGUUUAUAUACCCUGCACGGCUCACUCCCUGAAUCUUGUUGGUGUUCAUAGUGUUGAUUGUUGUAUAGAAGCAGUCAGUUUUUUUGGAUUUCUACAAUGUAUAUUCAAUAUUUUUAGUGGAUCUACUCAUAGAUGGGACAUUUUGACCAAUACUUUAGAUAAAAAUGUGAAAGGCCGAUUACUUGUACUGAAAUCCCUUAGUCAAACUAGAUGGUCCUGUCACUCGGAUUCUUGUCAAGCACUUACUCAUAAUUACAUAAAAAUAAUAAAAGCUUUAAAAUGUAUUAGUGAAAAUAAUAGUGAAAAUGGAGACUCAAAAAGGGAUGCUAAAAUGCUUUUAAAACAAAUUAAAAAAAAAGAAACUGCAUAUCUUUCUUUUUUAUGGAAUGAUAUAUUGAAUAGGUCUAACAAGACAUCUAUACAUCUGCAAGACAGUUCUUGUGACCCGUUGAAAGCGUUGAAUUUACUGAAAUCGUUGAAAAAUUACAUUUUAAAAUUACUAAACAGUAGUGUAGUUUAUGAAAGUAAAGUUAUUGAACUUGGUCCAGAAAUCAAUAGUCUUUACCAUGAUGAAAGAAGAAGAACAUCAAAAAAAAAUGUCAGUGGUUCAAAUAAUACUGUGUUGCAAGGUGGUGUUAAAUUUAGAAUUGAAACCCACAACAUAAUCAUUGAUAAAUUUUGUUCAGAAUUAGACCGACGAAUUGAAGCCUACAAGUUUGUUUCAGACAAUUUUUUAUUUGUUACAAUGUUGUGUGUUCCAAUUGUUGACAAAUUAAUGAAGACAAUAAUAUUGAACAAAGUAUUGAAAACUUUAUACUGA